UUCAAUAAUCAGCCGAAGAAGUAGAAUCAACUUGUGAAAUGGCUCGUGAUGGAAUGUCCAGAGAGGAAUAUGAGGAAUAUCAGAAACAGAUGGUGGAGGAAAAGAUGGAAAGAGAUGCAGAAUUUGCAACUAAAAAGGCAGAGAGGGCUUGUUUGAGGACGUGUUUAAGAGACAAAUACAGACUUCCAAAGAGUGAACAGGAUGAGAUAAUGAUCCAGCAGGCUGGAGAUGAUGUUGAUGUUCCCGAGGAACUGAUUAAGAUUGUAGAUGGAGACGCUCCACAGGAGGAGGAGAAGACAUCCAUGAUGGAGAACCUUCAGAGCAUGGACAUGGAGCAGCUGAAGGAAAAAGCCCAGGCCACAUUUGUGGAGAUGAAAUCCAAAGCUGAGGAAAAGUGCACUAUUAUGUGACAUGUUAACGAGGUGCUUUCAUAAGUUUUGCAUGUUGCCUAAUUUCAGAGAGACGUGAACUUGUAUACAUUUUACCC